CCCUCCCUCUCCUGCUCCCUCUCUCUCUUCCUUCUCUCCCUCUCUCUCCUCCCUCUGCUUUCCCGGUGCAGAAAGUAUCCGUCGCUCCUGGAACUUGUUGGCAAUGCCUAUUUUUCAGCUUUCCCCCGCGUUCUCUAAACUAACUAUUUAAAGGUCUGCGGUCGCAAAUGGUUUGACUAAACGUAGGAUGGGACUUAAGUUGAACGGCAGAUAUAUUUCACUGAUCCUCGCGGUGCAAAUAGCGUACCUGGUGCAGGCCGUGAGAGCAGCAGGCAAGUGCGAUGAGGUCUUUAAGGGCUUUUCAAACUGUUUGCUCAAGCUGGGCGAAAGCGUGGCCAACUACCCGCAGGGCCUGGACGACAAGACUAACGUCAAGACCAUGUGCACGCCUCGGCAGGGCCUGCGCCGCCCAAGGGGACGCUGUAGCCUGCAGUGGGCAGAGGAGGAUCAUUCGGCGGAGGCCCAGUCCAACACAGAGACGUGCUCAUCCUCCGCGCUGAAACCAGGGCGAGGGGCAGCGAGAGCGAGAGCGGCUGCCAAUUCCUCCCUGUUUGGAGCAGUCUUCCUCAGUCUUUGCUUCUGAAUGAGAGGCCUGCCCAGUACCCUACAAAGAAUAGUUUUGGUUUCAGGGGAGGCUUAGGUAAUGAUACAUUUGCCUAAAAGGAAAGUCUCUCCCCUAUUUUGUCCAUUUCCCCUGAUUAAAACUCUCCCCUCAAGUGCACAUCAAGAAAGCUGGGGUGCAGGCAAGGGAGCACUGGGCCCCCUUCCUCUUUCUGGGAAAAAGAGUGAGAGGAUAUUUUGUUUCCUGCCAAUGACUUUGCCCAAGAAGAAUGUGUUCUGGUCAUCUAGUGACUGUUGAGUGUGUAGUAAUUUGCUAGGUUUAGGGUAGUCACCCUCCAUGGUUUUUUUUUGUUGUUUCCCUCUUUCUUGGUCUACAAUGUAGACUCUACAUGUAUUAAAAGGCCAGGGCGGUUAAGGGUCCAAGGAGCGCCAUGAAAGAGUUCGUGGCCAGGCUCAGUGACAUUUCAGCUGCUGCAAACCUUGGAAAUAUCCCUAUCCUCUGCAAUAACACACACCUUAUUUUAUUUUUCAAAAACAGAUGUGAUACCCCCCUCAUAACGACCCUUUCAAUAAAGUCAAGGCAAUGGGUAUUCCUUGUACCACAGAGGUUGGAGUGACCAUUUGCUGUACCACCUUUUUAUACUGUGAAGUCCUUCUCUCUAAUUCCUGAGGGGUGGCGGGUGUAUUUAAAUUAUGAGUAAUUAAACAGGAGUCAAUUUUGCUAUGCAUUUUCCUAAAUAUCCAGAUACCCACUAGGAGCCACAGCAGCUAAGUAGCUGGUACCUUCCUAUCAGGAAAAGGAUAAAUGUUUGGGUCUGGGAUGCAUACCUACCUAUUGUAAUUCCAAAUAUCUGGUGCUAGGUAAGAUUACAUCUAUUCACAAUAAAAGGUUAAAUAUAGAUCAGCUCCCAAAUGCUCCAUCAUUUGCCACAACUUGGUUAUUCCAAGUUAUUUGAGUUUAUUUUGCAAGGUUUGGUCCUGAAAAAUGGAAAUGAGGAGGGCCCCUCCAGAGGUCACAGGCCACAGCUGGGUUGAGGCUCUCACUGAGUUGGUGCACUGGGUGCUCCACAAUUCCUUUCAGUCCCACCUGGACACCUGACCCUUUCCACCAUGCCUCUCUCCCUCUGGGCAGGGCUUGUUCCCAUCUGGGCAUAAAGAAAGGAGGGAGUUAGACUCCCUUUGGGAGGUGCCUUUUUUUUUUCAGAGAACUGUGCCUCCACAUCUUAGGUUUCUCAAAGCUUGCUAUUUUUUUUCCAGCUGAGGAACCUAGAAGCCCUACACCCCAGAACCAUUACCACCACCACCACCACCCCCCAUUAUAAAUUAGAGACUCUGGGAGGUCAUUAGAGAACACCAUAGCUCCAGGCAAUCCAACAAGCAUUUUAACUUGAUUAUUUGCCAGAAGAUGGUGAGGGAGUGGAAACAAGGAUAAAUCAAACAUAGUGCCUGCCUUCAAUGUGUUUACAGUCCAGGCUAGAGAGCAGAAGGAAGGGAUAGGAGACAAUGCAACCAAACUGCGCGGUCUGUGGUCACUGGUGACCUGGUCUCAGGGCCCCUUGAGGUGGAAGCCAGCGGAGUUAUUGAGGCACAGAUCGACCUGCACUGAGAGGAGACAGCGCCCCAGGAAUCGAUCACGGGUUGGAAUUAUAUUUAGGCUUGAGAUCUAUUUUGGGUUUUCAGAAGAAAGGGGGACAAUAAAUAAGGACAGGUUGGAUGAAGGUUGUGGGGGCGGGGCUAGGAACUGAGUCCUGGGGGAAGAAGGCGCCGAGGGAGGUGCCAGGCUCCGGAAGAGGCCGGAAGGGAGGACGAGGAGCCCGGUGUCACAAAGGUUGGCAACCUUGGGCCCCGCGCCAGCCCUGGAGUCCUGGCCUGGGGCUGGGCACUAUCCUCAGGCUCUGGGGAGGAGGCCUCACGGGAUCCAAGUCCAAGAAGAAGACUGGGGGGCGGGGAGAGAAGAGGUGCGCAAGAGAGACUAAGUGCGCAAGGGGGAGCACAGAGGUUUGCAAAAGGUAGGUGUGGAAAGCUGGCCCAGGGCCUCGGGCACCAACACUCCCCUACCCGGGAAGGGGCGAGGCAAGCCCGAGCUUCCUGACAGAAUCUGAGCUGGGGGACUGGAGAGCAACGGGAGGAGCCACGGAGGACCGAAGCCAGUGAGGAUGGGGAAGCAGUGAGGAACUGAACCAAGGAAAACCGAGGGGAGGUGGAAAGGAGGAAGACAAAGGAGGUUAGAGGGAAGAAGGAAAAUAAAAGAACGGGAGACCCAAGGCAGGGAGAGGGGAGAAAG